CAAAGUUUCAAAGUUCAAACUGUACUUAUCCGGUUAUCCCUUUCUUUGCUCGUAUGCAAUCUCUUGUAAGCAAAGCAUAUUUUGGUUGGCCCACUAUUCCGAUUUACUGAAAUAGUCAAUAUUACAAACACGCACACCAAAAUUCGCACACACGUGACGGAAAAUAUAACAGUAAUCUCUCUCUGUUACUCUUUCCUUGGUUUACGCUUUUGAAAGCUCCAUCCACUAAUUUCCCGUUACAGCUUGUUUUCCUUGGUAAAUUAAAGCAGCCUGCAGCUUAACCUCUCAUUACCACAUUAUCGCUCUACAUCAUAACCUUCAUUCUCUCUUUUUUUUAAUUUCUUUUUUCUUCUUUGCACUAAAUAAGGGUAGGCAGAUAUUAUUUUCAGUAGGCUUUGUUGAACUUGAAUCACCAUUUUUGUUAGAUGGGUUUUAUGGUUUGCUCAAAGAUGUGGUGGGUGUGGGUUUGGGUAUUGGUCGGCUGUGUUUGUGGUGCGAAUGAGAGUGUUAAUGGCGGCAGCUUUAUACUGAUAAAGGGGAGCCGCCCAAUCGCAAAGACGGAUGAGGAUUUCGUAUGUGCGACUUUAGAUUGGUGGCCGCCGGAUAAAUGCGACUAUGGCACUUGCAGCUGGGGACUAGCUUCUUUGCUCAAUUUGGACCUUAACAAUGUCCUUUUCUUAAAUGCGGUCAAAGCUUUUUCGCCAUUGAAGAUCAGAUUGGGUGGCACUUUGCAAGACAAAGUCAUUUAUCAGACUAAAGACCAACAUCAACCAUGCCUACCAUUCUCCAAAAGGCCGUCCGAGAUGUUUGGUUUCUCUCAAGGAUGCCUGCCAUUGGCUAGAUGGGACGAGCUCAAUUCAUUCUUCAACAAAUCUGGGGCUCUCGUUAUUUUCGGAUUAAAUGCUCUUCAUGGAAAAUCAAUUCAUGGGAAUACUGCAACGGGCCCCUGGGAUUCCUCCAAUGCUGCAUCUCUAAUUCGUUAUACAGUAGAAAAGGGCUACAAAGUCUACGGUUGGGAACUGGGGAAUGAAUUGAGUGGAAGUGGGGUAGGAGUAGGAAUUGCUGUUGAUCCAUAUGCAUCAGACACAAUUACUCUACACAAUUUGGUGCAAGAUAUCUAUAAAAAUAUUACAAACAGACCUCAGAUCAUAGCACCAGGAGGAUUCUUUGACGCUGCCUGGUUCAAGCAAUUCUUAGCUAAAACUGUGGGGUCACUGAAUGUGAUAACCCACCAUAUUUAUAAUCUCGGCCCAGGAAGUGAUGAGCAUCUUAUAGAUAGAAUUCUAAACCCAACCAUUCUCGAUAAUGGAGCUGACCUGUUCAGAAAUGUCCAUGACAUUGUAAGAACUUCGAAAAACUCGGCAGUUGCUUGGGUUGGGGAAGCCGGUGGAGCUUACAAUAGCGGCCGCAAUAAUGUUACAAAUGCAUUUGUGUUUAGUUUCUGGUAUUUGGAUCAGCUAGGGUUGGCGUCUAUAUAUGACACAAAGACAUAUUGCAGACAGUCAUUAAUUGGUGGUAACUAUGGUUUACUUGACACCGCAACAUUUGUUCCAAAUCCAGAUUACUACAGGUUAAUGGGAGAAUAUGUUCUAUCGACCAACUUUACAGGGACUAAAAUGAUCCGUACUUACGCUCAUUGUGCAAAGCACUCUCAAGGCAUCACCAUAUUACUAAUAAACAUAGACGGCAAAACGACGGUCCAUGCAAGAAUUGACUUUUAUGGCAUAAAACCAUACAAACACGGUCAUCACCAUCAUCAUCAUCAUCAUCUUCAUAGGCGUAGAGAAGAAUACCACUUGACCCCAUUAGAUGGCAACAUACAAAGCCGAACUGUGUUGCUUAAUGGGAAGCCACUGACUGUUGGCCCUGCUGGGAUUAUACCUCAUCUGGAGCCUAUAAUGGUGAGUUCGUUAGAGCCUAUCACAGUUUCUCCUUAUUCCAUUGUGUUUGUUCACAUGCCGUAUAUGCGUAUACCAGCAUGUGGGCAACCUUUAGCUUGACAAAUUCAACUUCGGGGAUUGAUUGGAUAAGAAACAAACCUGCAAAGGUUUUUGCAUUUUUUUAGCAUUCUUUUGAGGGGAAAUGAAUGAAGCAAAUUUGUGAUCUUAUGAGUAAUUGAUUUGUCUUUGUGUUUUGAUGAUCACAUCACUUUUGUGUUCCAACUUUGGUCACUAUGUUUAAUAAGCGCGAGUUGUUGAUGGUCUUUGAAUUUCCGCAUGUGUUAUUCUGAAUGAAUGGAAUAGGCAUUUGUAUACAGCCAUAAAACAUGUUCUCAAACCC